GUGAGAAAAUGUCACUGAUAGCAGUCGUGUUGAAGCUAACGGUUGUUUUACAAAUGUAAGCUAACCGCGUCGUGUCGGGGGUUGUUGUUUGGUAGCGGACAACCUGACGUUAGCUAACCUCCUCACAGGGUGCUAGCUACCGUUAGCAUGAUAGACGUUGAGCUGCCUGGUGUAGAGUGACAACCGGCAGCGGAGGGCUGCUAACUUCACCCACCUGACCUUUUUAUUACAGACAAAGACGGUGUUGUGCUGUUUUGUAAACGGGUAUUAGUCCGCCCAGCUGUUUGACAUAAGCUGCUGUUAAUUAAAAACACCCCAACAUCACGUAUGUAACUGCAGCCGCUGUUUUAACAAGCUAACCGUUGUGCGGUGUAACGUUUGAGAACAACAGUGUCAGUUGUCAGGGUUUCCCUUAGCUCCAGUGCUCGGAAAGAGAAUCACAAGAUCCCCUCCGGCAGUGAAGUAAGCUGCUAUUUAAAGCCAGCAUGGAGAAAAAACAUAACUCAUGUGAGCUGCUGCUGCUGCGCUGCCUGGUAUAUAUACGGUUUAUUUACAGGCACGUCCAGCACCUGAGUUGCCCCUUAUGUUUACUACAGUGCUGAGGUUUUUGGUGCAUCACAGUGAAGUCAUCGUCAGUCCAUUGCUGCAUGUCAGGACAGGAGAAUAACCAAUCCCGUCAGCCCCCGUCGUGGAGAAGGCGCGUACUGUUUCCCAGCCCGCCCUGAACACCUCUCCUCUUUCCUCCCCCUGUGUGCCUUCAUGAUCCAGCAUGUCAUUUUGCCUGCGCGGGGUAAGUUACACAACCAGCCCGUCAUGCAAAAUAGAAACACGUGUCUGUAGGCGGCGCUGGAAAACUGCAAGUCUACUAAACAACAAAGACCGGCUAACACCGCAGAGGAGAGAAACAGUGAUGUCGCAGGGUGUUUUCACGAUUUGUAGCUUCAGCUUUGCCGGUUUGAUCAUGCAUUGCAGUUGGAGAUGAGAGGCGCGGAUUCAACAUGUGUUUUCCUUUCAGAGAGGACAAUGAUACGAACAUGAUCAGCGCCGAUGGCUUCUCAAAAUGCGCGGCGACUCUGCAAGAGAGAGGCAGGAGGAGGCCACCCGCAGAGAUGCUCCAUCUGCUGUCAGCUGUCAUUGUCUGGCUGGUGACGGGGACCACCAUCUCCAGCCUCAACAAAUGGAUAUUUGCCGUUUACAACUUCAGGUACCCUCUGCUGCUGUCUGCGCUGCACAUGCUGACAGCCAUAGUGGUGGACUAUGGGCUGAUCAAAUUUCGGGUGAUCCGCCACAGAGCGGACGGAGAGCAGGACCUGACCCCGAGCGCAAAAUGUAAGGUGUUCCUGUUGAGCUUGACAUUCUGUGCCAGUAUUGCUUUUGGGAACAUGGGUCUGAACUAUGUCCAGCUGUCAUUUGCACAAAUGAUCUAUACCACCACCCCACUCUUUACUCUGGCCAUAUCAACGCUGAUCCUGGGCAAACAACAUCACAUCCUCAAAUACACAGCCAUGAUGCCCAUCUGCCUGGGAGCCUCCUUCAGCAUCAUGGGAGAGGUCCAGUUCGACCAGACUGGCUGCUUCUUUGUGUUCGCAGCAACCAUGUUGAGGGGUGUCAAGUCCAUUCAGCAGAGCAUCUUGCUCCAGGAGGAGAAAAUCAACUCUGUGUUCCUGCUCUACCUGAUGUCCAUUCCUAGCUUCUGCAUCCUAGCCGUGGCAGCUCUGGCCUUAGAAAACUGGGCUCUGCUGGAGUCACCGCUGCAUUACGACCGCCACCUGUGGGUGUUUAUCUUGCUCAGCUGCCUCGGCUCGGUCAUGUACAACCUGGCCAGCUGCUGCGUCAUCACGCUCACCUCUGCCGUCACCCUGCAUAUCCUCGGCAACCUGAGUGUGGUGGGAAACCUGCUGUUGUCUCAGCUGCUCUUCGGCAGUGAGUUGUCCGCCCUGAGCUGCGCCGGCGCGGUGCUGACGUUGUCUGGCAUGCUUAUCUAUCAGAACUCAGAGUUUAUCGUCAGCUUUCUGGACGCACGCAGGGCCAAAGCUGAAAAGUCUGCACUAGUGGAUUUUCACACGGCACGUGGAGAGGACUUUGACAAAGCUAAUACAUCUGAACCAACAUAUCAUCAGCAGAGAACAGAUGGGAAACAGGAAGACAAGAUAGACUGAACUGAAAGGAUGAAGGAGAGAAUACAAUGUUUGAAGGAUAAAAUAAUGAAAACCCAGGCUGUAGUUUGCUAUCCUUUUAUGUCUGUAGGUGGUCAAGAGCAGCAGAGGGAGUGUGACCUUAUAAGGCCAUCAUACUGAGAUGAUGUGACAGAUCUUUUUAUUAUUAUUUUAUUUUUUUUACUUCCUCACUGUGCCAGUUUAUUUCUCCUCUGGUCACACAGAAAUCUGCAGAGGGAAAAAGGUUGCCUUGUGACGAUGAUGGUUAAAUUCUCUCCUUCAUCUGUAAAUCACUCAUACAUAGCCUAUAACGGUAUAUGCAUGCAUGAGCACACUAAACUGUUUGAUACCUCAUGAGGUAUUCACACUGUCACUCAUACUACUCCACUGUGAAAAUGUUCUCAUUGACAGAGGGCUGUAAUAUAAAUUUUGGGUGGCUGGUGUGGAUAUUGCAGGCUACAGAAAGCCUCAUGUGACACUGAGGCUCAGAGAGCACUCCGCCUCAAAUCUGAACGGGCACAAUUUGUAUAAAAAAAAUAUAUAUUAAUGGUACUGUUACCUGACAUUCACCUGGCCCUGUCAUGGUAAGGGACCGGGUUUUUGGCAGCUUUUUUUGUUGGUUUGUGAAGCAGAAAGCUCUUAAAUGAGGAAGCUAAACUUUUAUUUAGAGUCAGAAGUUACAGAGACGGACAAAGCCAACAUUUUUAGUGCAAUGAGACGCCUCCUUUCCUCUGCUGAAGCACAUUUUUAACAAGAGGCCUGAGCUGUGUGUUUCGUCCUCCCCUAUGAACCUCAGUGUGUCUUCCCACUUAAGGCCUAGAUUUUGUUCCCAGGCGGUCUCUGUAGAAUUAGUCCAAUUAUUUCCAUCUUUUACAGCAGUUCGCUCGCUGCAGCUUUCCUUGAUAAUUAGGUUCACGAGUUCUCUAAGGAGUGUCACUCAACUUUAGCUGUCUUUUCCCCUGUGGAAGAGAUGAGGAAGAAGAAGAAGAUUAAGAUGUCCUUUAAGGUUGCUUCUUAAAUCCUAACCAAUGUAAUCUGUUAGGUUUAAUUUUUCACUUUCUAUAGGUGAGACUUUUAAAAAAGUUCACGUCUGGAAAAACUGACCUCUGCUGGACAGUGUUAUGUUUUAUCUCAGUAUUUUAUUUUGUUACAAAACAUAUUUUAUUCCCCCCUUUUAAUAUUUAUGUGGAAGAGAAUAUUUAUUUUUGAAUGGCCAUAGCAACCACUGGCUCUGUAAUGCUGUAAAUUUUGGUCCUCAAGUGUCUUGCACAUGCAUACAUGUAAUAUAACACUAGAUGGCACUAGUCUCUCCUGUCCUGUCUCUCCAAGUCAGAUACACGAGGCAGAAGACUGCAUGCCGCUGCUCCUGAAAGCAUCUUAAAUGAUCCAGGAUGUCUGUUGCUGUGCACUCCCUCCUACAUGUAUGUACACUCCCUCCUACAUGUAUGCCAAAUGUUUACUUUGAAAGCUUUUUUGUACACACUGUUUGGAAAUACUGGUUAUGUCAGUGACCAGAUAUGAUCACUUCUCACGUACAGUUUGAGCUCUCACAAGACGACAACAAAGCCAUGCGUCAAAGGUUUUUUUAUGACACCCUGCUACAUUUUCUGCAUACUUUGCCAUAAGAACAAACGCAGGCAGGACUGUAUGUUGACAGAUUUUACUUCAUAUAUCACUGAUUUAAUAUUUCAGGGGUGCCAUUCCUAAAAUGACAUUGCCUAGGGCAUCAUAUCAAGACACUAAGAUGCAUUUCAAAAAUCCCUAGUUGAUUAAAAAUAGAGGGGAAAAAACUUUUGUUGUUUGAUAAAUAAUUUUGUUAGAUUAUUAUUUAAAAACUGUUGUCAGCAAUUCCCAAUUACAGGUUUAACGAUUAUGUACAGCGGCUCAUUUCACUAGUUUUACAUUAUUGAAUACCUCAGCUGUUAAAUAGGACUUGUGUCCACCGAUUAUUAACUCCUGGACUGACAUCAAGCAGCAUUUCAACAACCACAAUAAAACUGCAGCAUGUGAAUGAAGGAUUUUACUGUGUUCAGUAGAUGUCAACAUGUUUUAAGACAUACUCACGUUGUCCUAUGAUCAGAAAUGCCUUGGCGGCCAUUUUUUAGUUUUAUAAUCAGGAUCAUGGACUUUACAAAGUUUGGCAAAUUUGGCUGCGUUCCCGUGGAUAUCAUGACAAGUAGAUGAUGAUGAGCGUGGGGCAAAGAAACUGUUGCACUGACGAGGCACGAAGACGCUGCCUUCAAAGCCUACGUUUCCUGUGUACAUACUGGUUUUGAUUGUUUGCAAAGCUAGUUUGGUGUAAAUAGUUAUUUUAUGAUAAUAAUGUAUUUUAUAGUCAUAUGUGACUGGUUUUAACUAUACUGGUUUAAGAAUGAAACGUUUGCCUCAUGCCUUAUUUGGACAUACUGUUAGAGGAGAGAGGGGUGAUUUGGUUUGUCAUUCUGUCCAUUUUUUUGAUUCACACUUUGGAUGCCAACAGCAGCUGCAGGUGCUUCUGUAUAAGGACAAAGAUAUGGGCGAUUCAUAUACACAUGAUCUGCAACUGCUUGAGUAAUAAUUCAAUAAAUGGACUGGUACAAUAAACAAACCACCUCAUUACUGAAUCAGAGUUGUUGCCUUCAUCAAAUAACCCAAUUUCAUACCUUUUGCAUAUGUUAAUUACCUGCAGGAGGUCUGUGUAAAACGAGCAUGUUGUUUCCUGUGAAUAUUGCAUCUGAGAUGAGUUUUCUUGACAUUCUUAGAAACUGUUUAUUUGUAUUUUCUUAACAAUCAUACAUAUUUAAUAGACUUAUUUUUUGACGGGCUGAGUGUUUUCUUGUCUCUGACCCUUAGCCAUUGCUCUGUUAGCUGUUUGGUUGUUUUAACUGUGUACUUUUCUAAUGCAGGAUGAGGCUGUUAAGCAGAGAGUGAAGGCUCUGUGAAUAUAGCUUGUGUUCUUCACUGUGCCCUUAUCCUGCAUUUUUUAAGUUUCUUUAAAAAAAAUAAGGUUUAUAUCUUGUAUAAUAAUUUAAACCUUAAAAAUAAAUUUAUUUUGUUAUUUUCACAGAAAUGAAGUAAAUUCUGAGAUAUAGGCCCACUGCAUGUGUAUAUAAAAACUUUUUCACACCCCCUCAAAUCAAGAAGGCCUCCUGACUCCCCCUUAUGGGGGACAGAAUCCCCAGGGUGGUCACCAGUAAAUAACAGCUCAAAAUCACAUCUAUAAAUAACUGUUUUACAUCACCAACAACACAAACUAAAAAGAAAUAUUAAACCUGAACUUCUGUAAUUCAGCAAAACAUCAGCAGAGCUUCACACUUAAAAGCUGGACCCUAUGACUUACACAAAUAAUUGAUUUUUGAAACUGUUGCUGACUAAUUUUUGUCAGUCAUGCCUUUCCAGAAAUGAGGAUAAGUCUUAUUUACAGACAUUUGGUGGGUCGCAGUUCAUUCUGAAUGGGCCGCAAGUGACUCACAAAUGUGUCAAGUUUAUCAAAAACACACUUUAUUUUGGGAUACAACACAGAGCUUUUAUUUUGAAGUGCUGUUUCCCACUGUAAAGUGAGUGAAUAAUAGACCGCUACUUAACAGAAACAGCAAACUACUUGAUGAUAUGGCCAAAAGCAAGUGUGACGCUGAAUAUGAAUAUAACUGUGUGGAC